CAAUCUUGUUCAAAGUGUCGUUUUUCUCCAGUUCCUAUACUCAAAAUUCCCCAGACAACAGGAUCAGUUCAUAUUUUUAUCUUUCUAUUCUGGAGAAAGUCCACAUAACACAAAAUUAAACUUCUUAAAACCUCUGGAGGUUCAGAGAUAUGUUUAGACCCCUGCCCAGAAAAGAAAAGAAAAACACAUGCAGCUGUGUGAUGAAGGAUUCCUAUAUCUAAAUCGAAUGGUUGAAAAGAGCAUAGAAUAAAAUUUCCUUGGAUAUUUCUAAGAGAAAAUUCAGUAUGUGAAGUCAAGACAUGAUACAGCUAGAUAAAAAUGAAGCACGCAUUACAGCCUCCAUAUAUGUGAACCCAAUAGUGAUGGUUUCACUUAUUCAUGCUCCAAAAAUAUUCCCACCUGGAAGUGUUGAUGGGUCUCUCUAGGUCAGUGGUUCUCAACUUGAGGGUCCCCAGACGCUUUUGGCCCUCAACACCCAGAAAUCAUAACAGCUGGUAAACUGGCUGGGAUUUCUGGAAGUUGUAGGCCAAAAACAUCUGGGGACCUCAGAUUGAGAACCACUGCUCUAGGUCCUCCAGUGCAACUCUAUAAUAGGUUUCUGGCCCAAUUAUUGUCGAUAUAUAGAGUUUGCAGUUAUCCAUGGUUUCAAGUAUCUCUGAGGGUCUUGGAACGGUUCCCCAAUGAGAUUGUACAUUUCCUGCCUCCCAUUAUUGUCAUUAUUGCAAAAGAAGUCAGGCUUCAACAACAUACCAGUAAGUCACCUGUUCUGGGGGAGGGAAGUGGCAUGAAUAACACCCAGAUUUGACACAGAUUUUUUGGAAUGAUGGAUAUUUGAAAACUGUCUUCUAUUAUAUGCAUAUCUACCCUUCACCACUCAGUCAUAUGUUUUUUAUCAAUACAUUCAAAAUCUUGUUAGGCUGGGUUGCUGUGAGUUUUCCAGGCUGUAUGGCCGUGUUCCAGAAACAUUAUUUCCUGAUGUUUCACCCACAUCUAAGGCAGGCAUCCACAGAGGUUGUGAGGCCUGUUGGAAACUAAUCAAGUGGGGUUUAUAUAUCUGUGGAAAGUCCAGGUUGGGAGAAAGUACUCUUGACUAUUGGAGAGUGUGAGUGUGACUGUUUCAGUUGACCACCUUGAUCAACAUUGAAUAGCCUUACAGCUUCAAAGUCUGACUGUUUCCUGCCUGGGUGAAUCCUUUGUUGGGAAGUGAAUAAACAGCCUAUGCUUUCAGCAUACAGUUUUCAUAACCUUUAUUCAAAAUAUACAUCAGAACAAAGUCUGUGAUAACCACAGAAUUUAACAACUAAAAAGAAACUGGGGAAACAGCCUCCUUUUCAGUCCAGGCUGCAACGUUACUUGGAACCACUUUUAACAAGGAACUCCUGUCAUCACAGACAAAGGAAGCCACUUCUCUAUGUUUCUGAUGGUUUAAUGGAAGACAGAAUUGCUGCACGUAAACUUUUUUUAAAACCUUUUCUGAGUUCUGUGUGGUAUAUAGCAGUUUGCAAACUUCUACAACAGUUUUCUGCUUAUCUGAUACAACUACUACUUCAAUUAUACUGCAUUUUUUUUCUCUUGCCAGGAAAUGCCUGAGUUAAGAAGCAGAUAUUCACUACCGUAUUCACAAGGCCAUGUAUUUUGGCUGAUGUUCAGUAUCUUUUGAAUGAUGGUGAAUACAUCAAAAGUUCUGAUGGUCUUCUACAUGCUCUCCUGCAAGGUCCACCAAGUCCUUCUUUCUAACCAUUGUUCAAACACAAAGGAAGGUGUAAUAGUCUGUUAUGGACGUGUGUGGACAGAACCAGCGUCACUCAUUCAGAUGGGCCAAAAUGUUUCUGUUAAUUGCCAUUCUGAUAAAGACUUCUGUCAGAAUGGUAAACUGUACUUAAUCCUAAAUAAUGUCCGUGUCAAGGACCAGUCAUUGACAGUUAUAAACAAGACUGCAAUCCAACUUCAGCUUCAUGGGUAUCAGCAUCCAGUUUCUAUGGUCCAGUGUAAUGUUGAAUGCCCCAGAGGAGAUAAAUGGAUGAUAUGUGGAACACAAUUUUGUUUGGGCUAUCUACCAGACAAACCAGCCAAUUUGACUUGUGUCAUACACGAAUAUAUGGACAAUAUGACGUGUACUUGGGACCCAGGCAAGAACACACAUUUAGACACUAGCUACAAGUUAUAUUUGAACAGCUUACCACCAACACAGAACAAAACAUUUUCUGCAAAUAAUUCCUUUGUCAUCAUCCCCCUGAGUCAACUGCAAGAAAGUCAACAACUCUCUGUUUUGGUCCAUGUGGAAAAUGAUCUGGGCACAGUGUAUUCAGAUCCACUGCAUUUUGACCUCAAUGAUAUAGUGAUCCCAGCUACAUCUAUUGUUAUCCAAAAUACAACAAUAGAAUCUCCGGUGUUUAAGACUAUAAUAUGGUGGCAGAAACAAACUGCAAUCAAUGGAACUUACUGUGAAGAACGUUAUAAGGAAACAGCAAGUGAAAUGUGGCAUGUUAGAGAAUGGAAUUCUGAUUUUAAGACAGAACAUCUCAGUGAAUACAAUCUGGAGGCAAACACAAUGUAUGAGUUUCAAGUGAGAUGCAAAUUAACUCAUGACAGGGCUUUCUGGAGCAGAUGGAGUGAAUCCACGAUGUAUAUGACUCCAGAGGCAGAGCCAUCUUCAGUACUUGAUGUAUGGAGAUAUCUAGGAGCAACGUAUCAGAAUGGUAGCCAAGAGGUGACCAUCUUUAUCAAGCCAUUUCUUCCAAAAGAGAGCAGAGGAAGAAUUCUGCAUUACAGAGUGUACUAUGAAAAAGAAGGGAAAGAUGUGGAACUAUGUAAAACAACUAAAACAAUGUGCAAAGUCUUAGUUCCCUCAGCAGCGAGGGUUGUCUCUGUGACAGCACACAAUUCUAAAGGAAGUUCCAGACCUACAAAUAUCACUGUGCACCAACAGCACCAUGGUGACCAUGUUCUUCCACCCCCUACCAAUUUGAAGGUAGUUCAUGCUGACAAAAAAGGAUUUUUUGUUAGCUGGGAACCUCCUGAGUCUUAUGGAAAUGCAGUUUUGUGUUACAUAGUGGAGUGGACUUCAGUCCUCCUCAGUCAACACUAUCACAACGUUUUGUGGAGAAAAGUUCCCAGCCAGAACAAAACAACAUUUAUUGAAGAAGACUCAAGAAUAAAAAGGAAUGUCAACAUUUCAAUAUAUGCAGUGUAUCAAGAUGGCACCAGCAAAGCCUGCUCUGUUCAGAUACUGGAGAAAAAUGUUCAAGGCCGGCAUUUUGAUAAAGCUCCAAGAAGCUUUUCUACUGCUGCCAAUGAUGGAAAUGAUUAUGAUGUUGGAGUUAUGGUGGGAACUGGCUUUGGAGCUGCACUCUUAUCCAUCUUUAUUUUGGUUUUGAUUGCUAAGAAAUCCUACAGGAAAAGUGUUACUACAAUGUUGAGUUCAGUAACACCAAAAUGGCUUUAUGAAGAUUAUCCUAAAUUACAGAACAGCAGUGCGAUAAAGUCUCUUCAGAAGAAAAAUGGUUCGUUAACACACAUUUCGGCAGAGCUGUUCUCUGAUUACGAGGAUGCUGUGAUAACUAACGUGGAGGAGAUAUUAGUACCAAAGGAAUAUAAGACACAGGAUGACAGAAAAGAAAGCAAGGAAGCAGUUCCUCAGAAGGCUGAUGUUCCUGAAGAGACCUUAUUUGUUAGCAAUUCAGAUGUGAUAGAAGCAAAUGGGUACAAGCCUCAGGUUUCCAGCAAGGAACUAUCUGGAAAUAUACUCACCAGUACUAAUGAAAUACAUUCUCAAACCCCAGGUGCAAAUUUGGACUCUCCGUCUUUUCCCAUGAAUAGUCCUGUAAAAGAUUACGUAAAUCCUAUGGCCACCAUAUGGCCUGAUGAAAAUACACUUUUAUUUCAGAAAAUCAGCCUUGUUUUGAACAGUGGUAGAAGUGGGCAAAGCAAUGUGUUCAGCCCAGUAGAGGAAGAACCAAAUACACCAACAGCAAUGCAGUGGACUUGCCUGCUUUCAGAUGACAAUAUUCAAGAACAGACUUUCAUACCCGACGAACUGCUCACUUGCUUAAAAACAGUGGAUAAUGAUUCUACAGCUGUAAUGUCUUAUUUUCCUCAAAGUAUGGCAAAGUGAUUGUGUGAGCUGUAAGAAAGAAGGAUAGGAGCAUCUUGAAACAGUGGCAUAAAGCACCAGUUAUCAGUUCCAAGCAGAAUACCUCCGAUCUGGGUUUCUUGUCUUUGGUGAAAUCAAAAAGAUGGCACCAGCAGCAAUGACACUUAAAAGGUUCUCAAGCCAAUUUAUUCUGAUGUUAUGAGAAAUUUAUAUUUUGAAUUGGAAGGCUAGGGGAAGCCUGAAAGUCAUCUGGAAAAUUUCUGUUUAAAGACAAAGAAUUGAAUCUUCAAAAACAAAACGGAGAGGAGGGAACCAAAAAGCUGGUCAAAAUGGAUUAAGAGAGUUGGAUUUUAUCAGCUACUGGAGAGGAUGGAGUUAAGGCUGCAAUAUACCUGAGACAGGGGUCUGCUAUGGUGGGAUUAUUGCAGCAUCUUUUUCUCCCUCCCCAGCAGCAGCAGCAUCUGUCUAUUUCUUUUUGGAAAGUUUCCUAAGCUUCUCCUCCAGAGAGGGCCCUGCUGGAAACUUGCUUUCCCAGCAGCACUUGCAUGGGACAGGCAUUGAAAAGUCUGAGUUCCUCUUGGAGCAUGAUGGGGGUUGAAGUUUCUUCUCUCUCUCUCUCUCUCUCUCUCUCUCUCUCUCUCUCUCUCUCUCUCUCUCUCUGUUUCUCAGCCAAUAAAACGCCAAGUUGUGUCCAUGCUCUGAUUGGCUGAGAAUGGACACAACCAGCGACUACAAUUCUCAGAACCCUGUCUUGCGAUUUGUCUUAUUUUUAAAAAUGUUAUGAUAAAAACCUUAAAUGAUUUUUUAAAAAUCAGUAGAUUGGCAAAUUGUUUUUUAAACUUGGCAGGCCUGCAGUUGUAAAUGGGAUCUAAAACUGAAGUAGGUUUCAUGCAGAUAGGCCUUAAAAUGACUAAAAGUUUCCCAUUGUAGCCAAUGUGCAGAAUUUUUGCCGAACGAAAAUGGCAACACCCCUCCCAAUUUGAGUAACUUCCCGAUAAACUGAAAAUGGACGCCAAAAUGGCAUGCCUUUUGGCUGAAUUUGCAGUAGAAAAAUUCUUCAGAACUUGAACUGGGACAGCAAACUCCAUCCACCAUCAUCUUGUUGCUUCCCAACAUCUCUCAUCUGAGGCCACCAUCUUACUGCACCUAAUUUGAUACCAUCUUACCACAAAUCCUGUAUAAACUGAGACUUUACCAUUUCUAAUUCAGAAAAUUGGCGUGUUGCAGAAAACAAGUAGUACUCCAUAGCCCAUGUAAAUGAACCAGUCAUGAUUUUUCAUACCUUUUCCAUUCCAUUAGUCAGAAUGUAGACCGAAGUCAAGAAAUUAGAACACUGGGAUUUGGAAACGUAGAUAUGAAGGAAAUAGAAAGGAUUUUGAAGUGUAAAGAUAUCUUAUUGAAUUCUAAAGUUAGGAUUGUCCAUAUACUGUAUAUCUUAUUUCUGUGUAUGGCUGGGAAAGUUGGACAGUGAUGGAAGCUGCUAAGAAUAAAAUGGACAGUGAUGGAA